AUGUCCACCCCGGUCUCCCCGAUGCUCUCCCCUCUGAACCUGGCCUCCCCCACCUCCCCCUCCUCAGCUGGAACGUCUCCCCUCCCCUCGCCCCUCUCGCCCCCUCCCCGCGUGCCUGUGUUCCAGAGGAAGGGGGCGCUCAAGCACAAGCGCAUUGUGGAGGUGAAAGACCACCAGUUCACCGCACGCUUCUUCAAGCAGCCCACCUUCUGCAGCCACUGUACUGACUUCAUCUGGGGCAUCGGCAAACAAGGAUUCCAAUGUCAAGUCUGCAGUUUCGUCGUGCACAAAAGAUGCCACGAGUUUGUGACCUUCACUUGCCCCGGCUCGGUGACAGCGCCCAGACCAGAUGACCUGAAAAGCCGACACACCUUUAAGAUCCACACAUACUCCAGUCCCACCUUCUGCGACCACUGCGGCUCUCUGCUCUAUGGGCUCAUUCACCAGGGCAUGAAGUGCUCCAGCUGUGACAUGAACGUGCACCGGCGCUGUGAGACCAGUGUCCCCAGUCUGUGUGGACAGGACCACACAGAGAAGAGAGGCAGAAUCCACCUGACCAUCCGUGGAGAGAAGGAGGACAUCUACGUCACAGUGAGGGAGGCCCGGAACCUGAUGCCCAUGGACCCUAAUGGCCUGUCAGACCCCUAUGUUAAACUCAAAUUGAUUCCAGACCCAAAGAGCCACAGCAAACAGAAGACCAAGACCAUCCGCUCCACUCUCAAUCCUGUCUGGAAUGAGAGCUUCACCUUCUCAGUGCGCGGACACCAGUGGGACCGCCGCCUGUCAGUGGAGGUCUGGGACUGGGACCGUACUUCCCGUAAUGACUUCAUGGGGGCGCUGUCGUUCGGAGUGAGUGAGAUUUUCAGACGGCCCAUUUGUGGCUGGUUCAAACUCUUGGCCCAGGAUGAAGGAGAGUACUACAACAUCCCUGUGCCUGACCCAGAUCUCCAGGAGCCUCAGCCAGAUGCCCUGUCGCCCUUACCCCCUGUCUCCCCUGUCCCCCUGUCGGAGAGUACCCCGGGGCCCCUGUCGCCCUCCUCCAUCGCCCUGCACCCCUGUGUGCCUGUGCACUGUCCCAGCCCGGGCAAGCACAAGGUCACCAUCCACGACUUCAACUUCCUCAUGGUGCUGGGCAAAGGCAGCUUCGGCAAGGUUUUGCUGGCGGAGGAGAGGGGCAGUGAGCGUCUGUUUGCGGUGAAGGUUUUAAAGAAGGACGUGCUGCUCCAGGAUGAGGACACAGAGAGCGCCAUGGUGGAGCGCCGAGUCCUGGGGCUGUCCUCACGACCACAUUUCCUCACCGCCCUCUACUGCGCCUUCCAGACAGAGGACCGGCUCUACUAUGUGAUGGAAUAUGUGAACGGAGGAGACCUGAUGUUUCAUAUCCAGAUGGUGGGCAAGUUCAAAGAGCCUCACGCAGCGUUCUACGCAGCCGAGAUCGCCGUGGGCCUCUUCUUCCUCCACAGUAAAGGAAUCAUCUACAGGGAUCUGAAGCUGGAUAACGUGCUGCUGGACAGUGAGGGACACAUAAAGAUCGCUGACUUCGGCAUGUGCAGGGAGGGCAUGUUUGAGGGGGACACCACGAGGACCUUCUGUGGGACGCCUGAUUACAUCGCUCCAGAGAUUGUGGCGUAUCAGCCGUAUAACAAAGCUGUGGACUGGUGGUCAUAUGGAGUUCUGCUGUAUGAGAUGCUGGCGGGUCAGCCUCCGUUUGAUGGCAUAGACGAGGAGGAGCUGUUCCAGUCCAUCAUGGAGCAGAGUGUCUCGUAUCCUAAAAGUCUGUCACGUGAAGCUGUGGCCAUCUGCAAAGGACUCUUGACCAAGCACCCGGCCAAACGUCUGGGGGGAGGAGAGGACGGAGAGAGGGACAUCCGCGAGCACCUGUUCUUCCGAUGGGUGGACUGGGACCGACUGGAGAGGCUGGAGAUCCCGCCCCCUUUCAAGCCCAGAGCUGGCGGGAGAAAAGGAGAAAACUUCGAUAAAUUCUUCACGGGAGCUCCGGCCGUGCUCACUCCCUCUGACCCCGAUGUCCUCGCCGCCAUCAACCAGGAGGACUUUGAGGGCUUCUCCUACCAGAAUCCAGACUACGCUCCAUCUCCGCUCACCGCUGUUUGA